AUGCACAGGUUAGUACAACUCCCACUUGCCCCCAUUGAGGGCAUGACGAUUACUAAAAAACACAUUGAAGACUCAAGCACCCUUCCUCUAUACAAUGUCACGUCACCACAGCUCUCAUCCCCUCGAAUAUUCUCUCCAGCACCCGCAUACAUGCCCAUAUCUCAUGAGAAAGCCGAGUCGAUAGAGCCACAGGAGAUCAUGGGCGUCGGGUUGACAGAAGGCGAUUACAUCCGUCGCUUCAAGUCGCGAACGCCAGCUAGCGCAUUCGGCGGUCCGAUAGAACUUGCCACUUUGCGAUUCUCUGCUGUUAAUAUCUUUGCGAAAGCGGAAAAGCAGCUUUUAAAGCCGAAACAAACGACCAAGGCGGAGGCAGACCCAAAGCGAAAACCCGAGGAACCGGUAGAGAGGCCGUCCCGGUUGCGCAGCAGUCCUGCAAUUAGCGAUCUACGAGCGAUGGCCUUGUCCAGAAGCCCGUCGAUAAGUCCGGCGCGCACUGAUAAUCUCGGGUAG